CUGUCUAAGCGGCUGCGCAUGCGCGGGGCGGGUAUACCCGAGUUGACGUCCGGUGUCGGUCGCCCUGGCCCGAAACAAACAUGUAAACAUAUACGUUAUGACAGUUAUUACUGCUCUUCAGCAGUCGAGCUGUUCGAGUGAUGACGACCGCGUUGAGGUAGGGGGAAGCAUUUAUGUCGGAGUUGGCUUGAGCUAACAUAGCGGCGUAGCUAAGGAACUUGUGUAGCUGCGCCAUGUUAGCCUAAGAGGCUUGCCGUGCUAACUGAGCAGAUGGCAGCCGCGAAAGAUUAACAAAUAGUCUGUGGCGCUCGGUCUCGAAAGUCAACCGUAUGGCUGACUGACAAGGUGCAAAGAGAGGAGCACCACAAACAAGAGAAGGAAACAUGAAAAAUUCCAGAACGGUCACCGCCUCGUCCAGUGUGAAUGGGCAGCAAGACUGGGACAGCAGGCGGCAGAAGAAGAUGGCCGACAUCGCUCAGGCCCUGCAAGCGAGUCCAGCGGAUGUGGCGGCUCUCAGAAGAAUGGCCAUAAGCGAGGGCGGCCUACUGACGGAUGAGCUCCGCUGUCAAGUGUGGCCUCGCCUCUUAAAUGUCCCGCCCCACAUUUUGGAUCAGGAGCCAGAAACAGUAGAGCGGGACCAUAACAAGGACUACAAUCAGGUGCUACUGGAUGUUCAACGUUCUCUACGAAGGUUUCCUCCUGGUAUGCCAGAUGACCAGAGGGAGGGUCUCCAGGAAGAGCUUAUUGACAUUAUACUCAGAGUCCUGAAACAUAAUCCUCAGCUGCACUAUUACCAGGGGUACCAUGAUAUAGUCGUCACCUUCCUACUGGUCGUGGGGGAGCGCCUGGCGACCGCUCUUGUCGAAAAGCUCUCCACACAUCACCUCAGGGACUUCAUGGAUCCCACCAUGGACAACACAAAACACAUUCUCAACUACCUGAUGCCCAUUAUUGAGAGGGUCAACCCUGAAGUGCAUGAUUUCAUGCAACAAGCAGAGGUGGGCACUGUCUUCGCUCUCAGUUGGCUGAUCACCUGGUUUGGCCAUGUCCUGUCAGACUUCCGCCACGUCGUACGGUUGUAUGACUUCUUCCUCGCUUGCCAUCCGCUAAUGCCCAUCUACUUUGCAGCUGUGAUCGUACUCUACAGAGAAGAGGAGGUGCUGGAGUGCGAGUGCGACAUGGCUAUGGUCCAUCACCUGCUGUCUCAGAUUCCUCAGGAUCUUCCCUACGAGACUCUCAUCAGCAGAGCAGGAGACCUUUUUGUCCAGUUCCCUCCCUCGGAGUUGGCGAGGGAGGCCGCCUCACACGACUGCAUGGCCACCACCACCUUCAAGGACUUCGACCUCGCCUCCACCCAACAGCGGCCCGAUUCUGUUCUCCUUCGCCGGCGGAAACAGAAACAAGCGGCGCUGGAGAGUUUGGCGGCCAGCUCUACAGUGGCCCCACCGUCUGUAGCGCGCCGCUUUGUCCGUUUGGCUGUUAUGGGCCUGACGGUGGCUUUAGGGGCAGCGGCGCUGGCUGUGGUCAACAGCGCCCUCGAAUGGGCCCCCAAACUGGACCUCUUUCCUUGAACUGAAGCAGGACACUCCAGUCAAAGGUAGUCCACAAGACCACUCGCCUCGCUUCUGAAUCCACCCUAUGAAGAUUACACUACAAUUAGUCGGCAUACUAAAACUCAGUUAUUCUUAUAGGAAUUUAUGUUAAAAAAAAAAAACAACAACUUAAGAUGUUUGUACCUGCUGUCAAUUAGACGCGUAUUUUCAAUGUGUGUGUAUAUUUAUGAGGUAUUUUAAUAACUGUGACCAAAUGAAGGAUUGGUAGAAUCCUUUUCUACACGAUCGUCGUUUUCUGCACAUGUGAUAUAAAGAAAUAGCACAUUGAACUCUAAUUGAAAGCCCCUACAUCUUACCUAAUGUUUUAUUUUGUAGUUGUUAGCACUUGCCACCUUUGACAUUCCUCCAGCUAACUAUCAGUCACCUUUUUAGUCUUUUUUUUCAACAAAAACCACAGCUUCUCCAAUACAAUAUAGGUUAUAUGUCCACGUGUUCCUUUUUAACUUUGAUGUUAUAACUUCCAGUUAUUUAAGACAAUAAUUCACUGUUAGGUCGGCUUUUGUGUUUAUUUAGACACACUUUUGACUGCGAAGAGCACAUAUGAGCAUUGAAAUUGAUGCUGAACUUCACUUUAUUUUUCACAGAUUUUUUUUUUUAUGGGUACACAAUGUAGAAGUGCGGGGUUCUACUGCUUUUUGUCAUUUUCUGGAUUGUGCAGAUAUUUGGAGGUUCAACACCGGUUGAAGUAAUUCAGUAACUUGUGGGAACACAUUCAAUCUCCAGACACUGGACGACCUGGUGAACCAUUUCUGAAAAUGUUGUAUUGGUUGAUUGGAGAGUCAAAGAAAAUAUAUUCACUCCACAAGGA